AUGGAGAGUGUAGAAUAUCAACCAAAUUCCCGCCUAGCAGCAGUCUACUUUAACGGGGGAAACGCGAAUCUCCUUCGAAUUCACGAACAAGUUUCACUCGGUGAUCUGAAGCAGCAGCUGACCCAAAUCAAUCGGCGUCUCAACCCCGGAGAUCCAAGAACGGUAACUGAUGUCGAAUACCGUCGUCCGUCGGGGACCUCAAACAAUGGAACAUUGUUGUUCACAAACGUCAAACUUCGUAACAACGGCGAUGUGAUAACAAUGUUCUUCGUUUUCUCCGAGUUCAGGAGUUAUGUGCCGAUCGAGCUGGACGCAAAGUUGGUUAGAUCUGUGGAAAAUAUUCUGUCAUGCAUGAUCCCUCCGAAUCGUCCCAGGACAUACGAUGAAAUCGCAGCUCCGAUGGUUCGGCCUGAAGAGGACGAAGUCGAAGCAAUUAGUUUAUCUGAUCCUUAG